AUGGAACAAAUUAAUUCAAAUAGCAGGAAAAAACUGCAACAAUUAGACAUAUUUAAAAGAUAUGCCGCUGAAUCUAAAGAUGGCAAUGGGGAACUUGUACUAUCUUAUAAUGAUUUUAUUGAAUUGAUCUCUAAUUCACAGAGACUUUAUUCUACUUUAACAGACCAUUCUUUUAAUUUAAAUCAUGUACCGAAUAAUACAUUCGGUUGUAUUUUUUUCGCUAUUGAUGAGCAUAAUAAAGGUUAUUUAACUAUUAAUGAUUGGUUCUAUUUUAAUAACAUUUUGGAAUGUAAUAAUUAUAAUUUGAUUUUAUUAUAUGAAUUUUUCAGAAAAUUCGAUAUUGAACAAUUAAAACAUGAUACAAUAGAAAAUAGUAAUACUUCUAUUGAUACGCAUCGGAUGAAAGCUAUUAAUUAUAGUGAUCGAUUCCUAGAUUUCAAUGAUUUAUUAUUAAACGUAUCACAAUUUAAAACAACAAUAAGUUUAUUACAGAAUUCUUUACAAAAUGAAACAAAUUCUCUUAAGGAGAUCGGUGUAUUACUUGAUUGGAAUAAAUCGCCUCUUUGGAAACUUUAUGAAAUAUUCCCAUAUGGUGGAGUUUCACAUAUGAAGAAAUCAAACGCUUUUAUUAGUUUAAAUUCUUUAAUGACAAUGUUACAAAAUGAUUUAAAGAAUGAUAGAUUAAAAUUAGGCUUUGAACGAUUAGCAAAACUUGAUCCAAGACAAAACUGUUUAACGAUAUCAAAGGCUCAAUUGAUUUAUCUUUUAAAAGGUCUUUAUUCUCAUAGAGUCUCAUCUGAUAUUUUCGAUUCCUUAGAUGAUAUUACUACUUCAUGGAAUUCAUUAAAACAUGAUAAUCAAACCAUUCCAUAUGGCGUCUAUAGAGAUGUGACAUAUCUAUUCGAGAAUUUUGAUUUAUUGAACCAAGUAUUAUUGAAACAUGCAAGUGCUAGUGGAUUGACCGCCAGUGAUUUAAGAGAAUAUAUUAUCGAUAAAGAGACAUUGAUGGAUUUAUUAAACACUCAAUACAAUAAAGUUAAUAAUUUGACACAAUUCUCCCCUACACAAAUUGAUUUAUUAUUUAAGAUUAUUUUAAAUUCAAAAAAUUUACAUAAGAGAAAGAAUAAUGAAGAUAAUAAUGAUCAAUCAGAAAAGAUGAAACAUUUCCAUGAGGAUUCACAAAUAAACGAUUUUAUUAGAACAGAGUAUAUGUAUGGUACAAAUGAAAAACCAAAGACUAAACUAGAAUCGUUUAAUGAUAAUUAUAUUGACCAAUCAAAUGAAUUUUGUCAAGAUACAUCGGAAUAUAUGGAUAUUCCAGGUCAAAAAAAAUCCUUUUUCAAGCAUAUAUUUGGUUCUAAUACUAAUACAACUAGUAUUAAUAAAGAUGAUGAUAAUUUGACUAUUGAAGAUUUCACAAAAAUUAUUAAUCCAAAUUAUUUGAACGAUAUUAUUCAUAUCCUAGAAUUACAGAAUGUUAAAAAUAGUUCCCUAUAUGUGAAUUAUUAUUUCUAUCCAAUAUUUGAUUCGAUCUACAAUUUUAGUUUGGGUUCUAUUGCAGGUUGUAUAGGUGCUACCGUAGUUUACCCUAUUGAUUUCAUUAAGACCAGGAUGCAAGCACAGCGUUCUAAUGCAAAAUAUAAGAAUUCAAUUGACUGUUUGCUAAAAGUUGUUAAAUCAGAAGGUAUCAGAGGUCUUUACUCUGGCCUCGGUUUUCAAUUGAUUGGUGUAGCUCCAGAGAAGGCAAUUAAAUUAACAGUUAAUGAUUUUAUGAGAAAAAGGCUUGUAGGUAAUCAAAAUCAACUGAGUGUAACUGGGGAAAUAUUCUCCGGUGCAUCUGCAGGGAUGUGUCAAGUCAUUUUCACUAAUCCUAUUGAAAUUGUUAAGAUUAGAUUACAAGUAAAAUCAGAAUAUGUUGCUAGCGCAGACACAACGGCGAUUCAAAUCAUUAGAAGUCUAGGUUUAUCGGGUCUAUACAAAGGUGUAGCAGCAUGUCUAAUGAGAGAUGUACCAUUUUCUGCAAUAUAUUUCCCUACAUAUGCACAUUUGAAAAAAGAUCUUUUCCAAUUUGAUCCUAAUGACAAAACUAAGAGAAAUAGAUUAAAGACUUGGGAAUUAUUAUUAGCUGGUGGUAUUGCUGGUAUGCCUGCGGCAUUCUUAACAACACCAUUUGAUGUUGUUAAGACAAGACUACAGAUUGAACCAAAACAAGGUGAAACUAGUUAUAAAGGUAUUUUCCACGCAUUUAAAACUAUUUUAAAGGAAGAAAGCUUUAGAAGUUUCUUUAAAGGAGGUGGUGCUAGAGUAUUGAGAAGCUCACCUCAAUUUGGGUUCACCUUGGCAGCAUAUGAACUAUUUAAAAAUGCAUUCCCUGUACCUUCUUUUAAGGAUGAUUUUAAAACGCCAAAAGAUGGGUCGACAGAUAUAGGCUCAUCCAUAAAUUCAUUGGCCGUGUUCUCACAACAGGCUAAAAAUAAUUCCAAAAAGUCUGGUUACAAUUCUAACAUGGAAUUAUAUGGACCUACUAUAGACCCAUAUAGUUCAAACUAUCUAAAUUACUACUAUAAGAGCUGUGAAGUGGCUAAGACGUUUAUCGAUCUAGAUAGUAAUUUUGCCAAAUUUGACAGAUCAGUAUAUUCUAAAUUCAAUGAUUACUUGAAGAGCGUCAGGAGUACGAAGUAA